AUGCUACAAGUUGAAAACAUCGAUAUCGGGAAGGCCAACACUCCCGAUGAACAGCGCUGCGAAGACCAUUUCCAGGAAACCGUUAGUCGCGCCGAUGACGCUAGACACUUCGUCCGCCUACCGGUUCGUGAGGAACUAUUGCCAAUGCUCGGCGAUUCUUACACGACCGCACUACGUCGGUUCCAAUCUAUGAAGAAAAAGUUCGCUGUCGAUGACGAUCUUCGUGACGCUUACCAUGCGUUCAUAAACGUUUACGAAAGCUUAGGUCACAUGGAGGAGGUGAUUUCGUCUGCGUCGCGAGGCCCACAAUUUUUCCACCCCACCAUACCAUUUACCGUCCAGAAAGCACAACAACCAGGACACGCCUGGUGUUCGAUGGAUCCUGCCGAAUUUUCAACGGGUUGUCGCUCAAUAAAGUACUGUAUUCCGGUCCGACGAUUCAACCAGUAUUCGACCGUUAUCAACUUCCGCAUGCCUCGCUACACCGUCACAGCCGACGCCGAAAAGAUGUUCCGGCAAACCUGGGUGCAUCCACACGACGUGCAAUUUCAGCAGAUCUUGUGGAGGAAGGAUCCGUCUGAACCAGUUCGCAUUUUCCAACUAAAAACCGUUACAUAUGGACUCGCAAGUUCACCGUUUCACGCUGCUCGUGUACCAACUGGCCAACGACGAAGAAGAGAGCUUUCCACUUGCGGUUCCCGUAGUACAAAAGGGAAUGUACGUUGA